AUGUCUUUCGAACGACUAUUCUCACUUUUUCCUCUGCUAUUCUUGACAUUAGCUGCUUUCUAUGGAGAGGCUCAAGUCUACCAACAGCAAAUGCUACCAUCAGGACGAAAAUGUGUCCCACUCACAAUCCCGAUGUGCAUGGAUUUACCAUACAACAAUACGGUCUAUCCAAAUUUACUAAAUCAUCAGACUCAAGCUGAUGCGGAAAUCGCUAUCAAUCAGUUCAAUCCUCUUGUCAAAGUCAAGUGCUCUGAAGACAUCAAGCUAUUUCUAUGUACAGUGUACGCACCUGUUUGUACACAGUUAGAGAAACCAAUACAACCUUGCCGAGAUCUUUGUUUGUCCGCAAAAAACGGUUGCGAAAGUCUCAUGAUCAAGUUUGGGUUCCGAUGGCCAGAACAAUUGGAUUGUGGACAUUUCCCAGCUGAAGGAAUAUGUGUAGGAGAGAAUAAGACAAGCAGUACACCUGCCCCCAACAGGUCUCAGUCAUCGUCGAACCAUCUGGAAUGUCCUCUGACCAUGACGGCGUCGAUGCGGUCACACUUUUCUCUUCCACUAUCUAGUGGAACUCUAGAGGAUUGCAGUUUGCCAUGUGCCGCAGACAACCAGGUGCCGGUGUUCUUCGACAAACGACAUCGUCGUUACCUCCGAUUCUGGACUGGAGGAUGGGCGGUGGCAUGUUGUGUCUGUGCCCUCUUCACCAUUACCACGUUUCUGGUAGAUCUCGCACGUUUCGCCUACCCUGUUCGCCCGAUACUGUACAUGGCUAUGUGCUAUCUGAUGAUUUCUGUUGUUUAUAUGAUUGGUGUCGUUGGUGAAGAUAGUUUUGCGUGUGGUCCCUAUGGAGGCACUCCACAGCAGCUAGUAGCUCAAGGCGGUGAAGGAACCUCAUGCAGUGGGUUGGCUGUGGCGCACUAUUACUUCACGACUGCAAGCAGUGCUUGGUGGGUUGUGCUCUGCCUUGCGUGGUUCCUAGCGGCUAAUCGCAAAUGGGGAGCCGAAUCCAUCGCAGGUCUUGCACCGUACUUUCACGCAGCAUGCUGGGGAAUUCCAGCUCUUCUAUCGGUUGUCGUUCUUGUGACGAAUUCGAUCGACGGCGAUGUUUUUACUGGUAUAUGUUCUGUGGGCAACCUGCAACCAAAAGCACUUCUCUAUUAUCUGUUCUUACCAUUGAGUGGAUGUAUUGUUCUUGGGCUCUUCCUUCUUGCUUGUGGAAUUUGUUCGAUGAUGCGUAUAAGAACCUAUAUCAAACUGCAGCACGCCGAUGUCGACAAGAAUAUUCGUAAAUUAGAAAAGCUCAUGUUCAGAGUCAGUGGAUUUGCUGUGAUGUAUGUGCUACCUACUGCUGCUAGUGCUGCUGUGUUAUGCUAUCAAGCUCUGCAGAUGCCUAUGUGGUUAGACACGUUGUAUACGCUCCGUUGCCUCCAUCCUGAUCGCAUCAAGUUUGGUUUUACCAUGCCGAGGACAAGCUGUAAUCAACGCAUGGAUACGAUGUCACAGGGGCCAGAAUUAGUGUUGAUAUUCAUAAAAUAUUUAUGCCAGUUGAUUGUUGGCAUUACUUGCGCUGUAUGGAUUUGCAGUGCGAAGACGGUGGCAAGUUAUCAGAAAGCUUAUGCAAGAGUCAUCCUUCGACGAGCCGCAGUAGCCACAGAUGAACACUAA